UUUCUCAAACUUAUAUUUUUAUUCAAGUAAUCCUAAAUCCAAACUAAUCUUUUAAAAACAAAAAGGAGAAGAAGCGGUCUCAAAACAAGCAGAACCGAAAAUGGCGAUGACGGGACCGAUGGCAAAGGGAGAGAUCGUUUACAAAAUGUACAGGGCUUAUCACCCUUGCUGCACCUUCACUUACACUGGUGCAAGAUCCGAGGCCUAGAGCAUUCUAUCAGGUCGCAUGAACGCUUUGGUCGGCCUUUCCUCCGCCGUCCCUCAUGCGGCCCAAUUCUCUGGUUCCACGUCGUCUCUGUACGAGAAGGAAUGGCCGCCACUCCUGUCAUUAAACUUUGCAGUCAACGGAGACCUGAUGUCAACAUUUUGAUGACAACGACGAAAGUUUCCGCAUUGCUCUUGUUAUGGGGACCCACUGGCUUUUGAGUUUGAAGUAGAUAAAAGCACAAAUAAGCCACACGAUAGCUUUGGCUUUGGUUGCAGACUGUUGACAAUGGCUACUUCUUCGCUCAUUUCCUCCCCAUCACUUCUUCCAACUAAGCCCUUAACAAUUCAUCGCCAAAAUCAGUAUCAUAACACGACAACCUUCAGAAAUCGAACAUCCUUCAAGGUUCUAGCUGCCAAGCUUCCUGCUGGUGUUGAAGUGCCAAAAGUAGAACCAAAAUUCAAAGCACCAUUUCUUGGAUUUACGAGGACAGCUGAAAUAUGGAAUUCCCGGGCUUGUAUGAUUGGCAUAAUUGGUAUUUUCAUUGUAGAACUGAUUAUAAACAAGGGAAUACUUCAGACAAUUGGGGUAGAUGUCGGCAAAGGUCUUGACAUUCCUCUGUAAAGAUUCAACCCAAGGAAACAAGCACGAUAGCUCUAUCUAAAUGGCGCUUUAUUGUGAACAAGUAAACAUAUUUUUGUUGUAUUAAAAAUCACAACACAUUAUGUAUUCCAUAUCUUAAUUCUGUAACACUUUUGACUAUCAUAUGAAGUACUUCAUGUUUGCCGUGUUCAAGCUUCAAA